UGCCCCGAGGCGUCAGUGGGGAUGUGUACAAUUUGGCCGAUUGCCUCAUGCAGCAGGCGCUGAUUGGCUCCACAGCCAAUCCACUGGUACUCAACUACCUGAAGCACUCGUUGUGUGCCCACCUCGUCUCGCAUGCCGCAGUGCUCCGCUGCAUAGCCAGAUAUGAUAAACUGGAGCGUAUCUACUGCAUCACAUCGCUGCUGGAGUUUCUAGUUAGCAUUGUGGAUGGUGUGACCUGUCGCAUCAAAUCGGAGGAGGCUGUGCUGCCGGGCGCUGUGGUCCAGCUGAUCUACUGGCUGCUCCAGAUCUUUGCCCGCACGGUCCAGCACUAUGAGCUGUACGGGGAGAUAAGCGCCGAGCAGUCGUAUAUGCUGGACCAGACCUGUGUGGUUAUUGAUCGGAUUAGCCAGCAUCAGUUCAUGCUUUCCAUGCUCUAUGUGGGCUCUCGCGAGGAGUUCGAGUGCCACGGAAAGAUACGGGACAAGUAUGCGGCCAUCAAGGGAUCCCUCACCAACUCCAAUUUCACUCUCAGCUCCCCGGAGUGGAGCAGCAGCUGCAACAGUUCGCCUACAUUGAUGUCUCACAUUUGGAUUUGCAAAAGCUGAAUGUGCUGCCGGCAGAGAAGAUCUCCUACUGUAUCCAACCUCUGCUGGCCGUAUAUUAUCAAACAAUUGCAUGCCCUGCAGCGUUUGCCCGGAGAGCAGCCGCCCCCUUCUGAUUAUAUACAAGAGCUAGUAGAGGUCUUGGAGCUGCUCAUUCAGGAUAAUCUACUGCUCGACUUUAUGGACACCAAAUGCUCGUGCAAUAUGAUUGAAUUCUUGCUCAAUGACUAGACCAAACAGCAGCUUGUAAACGAUGUGCAUGUGAAAAAGUUUGCCAGCCAGCGAGAAGCUGCCUCGCUGCUGCUUAAAAAGUGCGACAAUGGCCAGCAGACGCCUUCCAACAUAAUCAAACGCGCAGAGGUUCCCCUCUCGGGUGUGCUGAAGACC